AUCUAUUUCUCCUCUGACAAACCCUGUCAACUGUUCUAUGGUGAAGCCAGAUGCAAAUCCUUACAACUAAAACAUCUCUCUAUCUAUAACUAUCUACUUGGUUCCUUUCUGCUGCAAAACACCAAUUGUCCUUCUCUUGUAGGAUCUUUGAUUCAAAAGAGUAUAUACCAGGGGGGAAAAUGCUGCUGAUAAAAAGCUCAACACCACCAAUCUUAAACUCAUGGUUACCUCACUCGAGAGACUGGUCAUUGCUAGAACCAAACUUUCAGACUCUCCAAGGAACCAGAUCAGUCUCCUUUAAUACUCCAUCAUCUUCCAUUGAUGAUCGUAAACAUAAGCUCAGUAUCCCAAAACCAAGAAGAAAGGAGGGCAAACCCAUGAUACCAACACCUCACUCUCUUGAGGUUGACAACCAAGCAGAUAACGAAAGUGAAGAUCAAGAAGAUUCAGAACCCGAGUCUUGUUCGAUUCAAAUACUAUUUUCAAGUUCUGGGUUAGAUGAAAGAGUAGUGGAUGACGGUGAAGGUGAUGAAGAUGGUAAUGUGCUGGGUGUUGAAAUCUACGGCGGUGGAGAUGAUGGUGGUGGUGGCUCAAGGUUUUUUGAGAGCAAUACUCAUGGGAGGGAUACUGAUGGCACUGAUUUUUACUACCAGAAAAUGAUUGAAGCAAAUCCUGGCAAUCCGCUUUUGCUUGGGAAUUAUGCCAAGUUUUUGAAGGAGAUUAGAGGGGAUUUUGCCAGAGCUGAGGAAUACUGCGGACGAGCAGUUUUGGCAAAUCCAAGCGAUGGAACUAUUUUGUCUCUGUAUGCCGAUCUAAUUUGGGAAAAUCAAAAGGAUGCUCAGAGAGCAAAAAGUUAUUUUGAUCAAGCUGUCAAGAUUUCCCCAGAUGACUGUUUUGUCCUGGCGUCAUACGCAAAAUUUCUUUGGGAUGCGGAAGAAGAAGAAGAACAUGGCGAGAGUGGAGAAGAAGCUAAGGAUAUCCAAAUGCGUCCUCCAGGUCUCAACCUUCGGCCUCCUCAGCACCAUUCCAUAACUGCAGCUUCAUAACUUAUCAAUGUACGUACAAAAGCUUUGACUUGGCAAUAGUAGGCCAUCCUAUGCUACUCUCGGGUUUCAGUGUCACUAUACGGAUACAUGUGGAAGAAGUUCUGAGUAUUUCCAUAUCCGUAUGUCUGACCAUGAGCAUUAUAGAGAUAACUAGUAGAUGACAAUAUCUUCUGUUUUCCUCACCCACUGCAUCUUGUAACAAUAAUU